GAGGUGAGCUUCUGAUCAAUUGCAUGCGAACGGACAGCUCUGAAAAAAUCGCGACGAGCCAAAUGAAUUCGAGCGCAAAAAAGUUACCAUCCGUAUAUACAAGCUUGGUCUGGUGUUACCGUGUGCGGGGGGCUACAUUUACCGAACGACGGUGGUAUAUACUUCUACAAUAGAUAUCGAGCAACAACACAGACACAACAAGGUGCUUGGGGACAUCGCGAACCAGUGAGGAGUGAGGAGCAUUGUUCCGUGUUGAGGUGUCAGACUUCGGCAGGAUGGCCUUGUCGCGGAUGGCCUCUAUGCGGCUGUUGGGCUCCGCUUCGAAGAGUGUGCUCAUACCGAAGCACAAGGUCGAAAUGUCGGCCGCGCUCAUCAGACUGAUAUCGUCUUCGGAAAAGAAAACCUCGUCCGCCGUGGCGAAUCGAUCUUUCGGGCGUAGCGAAGAGAUGCCACCGAACGAAAUCGCAAAUCCUCCACGAACCCCGGAGGAUUUCAUCGACGCCGUGAAGAAACCCCGAAACUGGAUCAGCUAUGGUUACAGCUACUAUGACAAAGAGAGGGACGCUGAUGUAUACCACGCGACGAUGUUCUUCCUUGUGUCGCUCAUGGUCGUGGUCGGCUCCGCUUGGAUCGCUUACCUGCCGGAUUGGCGUCAACAGGAUUGGGCGCUUCGGGAAGCCUACCUAGAACUCGCGCGACGCGAGAAAUACGGACUGCCUUUGGUGGACAAGGAUUUGGUUCCUGUCGACAGAAUCAAUCUGCCGUCGGAAGAGUUCCUUUACGAGGAAGGACACGAAGUUUACCUGUAGUUGACUGCGCAAGGAGAGUGAUCAUAUGAUAAUAUUAAUAAAAUGCAAUGAGCACACCAUGUUUA